AAAAAACUGUACUUAAGCUGCUAGAAAACGCCUCUGUCCGCCGAUCAACGGAUCCUGGAGGUCACUGAACUAACACAGGUGUAGGACUCGUGUAGGACCCUGAUCAGAGCUCAGUUUGUAGGCUAACAGACUAAAACCGGGCGUAGAAACGCUCCAUUUCUUUAAACUGUAAACUUUGAGUUUUAAACAUCCAGUGAAACACACACAAGUGACGUUAGCGGGAGAUGAAAUCACACUUUAAACUCACAUAAUGAGAAAAAACGGUCCACUCCGUGCAGCGUGACUGCGUCUCACUCCGCGGCUAUACGACAGUCCUCUGCGGUUGCUUCGGCCGGUGGUGCACCUCACCUUCGUCAGCAUCCGCAGACUUCCCGAGGUUGAGGCAGGCCCGCUUCUCUAACAGGUGUUGUAUUACCAGACAACCAACAGCAACAUGAACUGUAAUGAGGGGAAGGGUCUGGAUGUCCAGCAGGUCUGUAACCAGGAGAGUAACUCCACAUUGGACCCACAGGACCCACAGGACCCAGAGUUUCCACAGAUUAAAGAGGGAGAGCAGCUUGUAGUGAAGCAGGAGGCUGAGGACAUCAUCAUCUGGACCGGAGAAGAGCGGCUCAGACUGCUGGAUACCAUCUGGAAACCUGAAAUAACGACAUACAGUAAAGAUCUUGCGCAACAGUGUGUCUUUAAGCAAGAGGAUCUGCAUGACCAGCAGGUGUGUAACCAGGAGAGGAACUCCAGUUUGAACCACGAGGACCCAGAACUCCCAUGGAUUAAAGAGGAACCAGAGGAACUUUGCACCAGUGAGGAAGGAGAACAGCUUUUAUUGAAGGAGGAGAUUGAUACCUUUAUGGUGACUUUUGAUGAAAGUGAACAUGAACCAAACAGAGACCAGCUCCUUUCUCACAACUCUCCUGCACCAGAGAGCCAGCAUCAAGGAGAAAAUGAGCAUGUGGAAUCAGAAUCUACUAGAAAACCAGAGCUGAAGAACAGUAACAGUGUAAACAACUCUCCAGUGCCAGAGAAUCAGUGUAAAACUGACAAAAGUAAAAAGUCUCUAAAAUGUGACACUUGUGGAAAGACUUUUAAGUAUAAAUGUCACUUGACAAAACAUGUAAGAAUUCACACAGGUGAGAAGCCUUUUUCUUGUAGCACCUGCGGGAAACGUUUUGGUCAGAAAUAUGGACUGGAAACUCACAUGAAAAUUCACACAGGUGAGAAGUCACAUUUUUGCAGUAUCUGUGGAAAAGGAUUCAGUCAGAUGAUAAACCUGAAAACUCAUAUGAGAGUCCACACAGGUGAAAAGCCAUAUUGUUGUAGCACAUGUGGAAAAACCUUUAGAGUCUUGUCAGCCUUCAAAACCCACAUUAGAAUUCACACAGGUGAGAGGCCAUAUUGUUGUAACACUUGUGGGAAACGAUUCACUCAG